UUUAAAAACAUUUGUAGCAUCAGCGAAGGACAUAUAAAUUGGAUGUCAUGGCAUGUUAAAUCUUACAAGGAUUGAAAACACAAGAGCCUACAAAUUCUUGUCCCUCCAAGGCGGACUUCAGCAUGAGUCCACAAGCAACCCAUCUGAUCAUCUCCCUCCUCUCCUCUCCACGCAAAGGAUCAGCAACGCAACCAAGAUCAGCAUCCAAACGCCGUUUGCUCUAGGCAAUUAGCAAUCCACCGAAUAUAACAUAACAGAAUAGCAAAGCCAGCACCCACCGCCGGGCCAACGUGCAAAGCAUCGUCCGGCCAUGGGAUUCCUCCAGAAGACCUCCAAGCAGACGGCGAAGCUCAAGUCCCUCCUCGGGCUCGCCGUCUCCCGCAUCGCCGUCGCCCGCCGGCCGCGCCUUGCUCGCAAGUCCAUCGCCUGCAGCGAUGCCAGCCAGCUCCUCGUCCUCGGCCACCUCGACCGCGCCCUCCACCGCGCGGAGCAGGUUAUCCAGGAGGACAACAUGCUGGAGGCGUUCGGCAUCAUAGAGCUCUACUGCAAGCGCCUCAUCGAGCAGGCUGAGCAGAUAGACAAGCCACAGGAGUGCGGCGAGGAGCUGAGGGAAGCGGCGGCCAGCAUCAUGUUCGCCGCCGGGUGGUGCGGCGACCUGCAGGAGCUGCUGUUUGCCCGUACCAUCCUCGCAGACAAGUUCGGCGGCGACUUUGCUGUCGCGGCCAAGGAGGGCACCGGCAUCGUCGACCCCAUCUUGGUAUGGAAGCUGUCCGGAAGCACAGCAGGCAUGGAGCUGAAGAAGAAAGUGACCAAAGAGAUCGCCACGGAGAACAACAUCUUGGUGGACUUCUCCGAGCUCCCGGAAGCAACGGAGGAUGGCAACGAUAUUUUGGUGGACUUCUUUGAGCUCCAAGAAGCAACCAAGGAAGGCAACAACAAUGUUCCAGACAGUCAGGAGCUCCUCGGCGAAAUGCCAUGCCAGGACGACAUGGAUGAAAGUUCAGAGUCGGACAAUGACCAUCCUCGCUCACAUGGAACAAAUACACCCGGGCUGGAGAGUGACGAGAAUGUGCAUAUCGUUACCAACUCUGAUGGAUCAGAUGAUGAGGAGGUUACAGGCCGGCGUAACCGAAGGUGGUGGCGCCUUGGGUGUGCAUGAGAACUGAAAUGACGACCUUCCUCUGCAUCUGGCUAGAAAUGUAACGAUAUGGGCAGCAGGGCAAUGCCAUUUGUACAUGUGCACCCACCAAAUUGUGAAUAGACAUGAAUACACACACGUGUAAUUUCAAACUAUCAACUACAAUAUGUAGAUAUCCAACUAGUCCAGUCAACUGGAGUAUCAUCUAUAAGAAAUGUCAAUUCUCAUGGACCAACCCCUAGUGGCCAAUGCUACAAUGUAACCACAUUGCUUAACAGUCAUUGACCUCAUGGUCACCUAUCUGCUGCUUGGCCACCGCCGUUCAUCACCUUGAUUUGAUGAUGUUGCUUUAUAGUAACCACCAUACCAACAUAUCUUUAAUGUCAUGUUGUUCAAGUAUUUUUGUAACAUAUGUUGUGUCAUGUUGUUCAAGUAUUUUUGUAACAUUACAUUUUUUUAGACAAUUUUGUAAACAUUAUGUGGGCCAGGUAUAAUUGCUAGCAAACCAACAAAUAUAUUUACUCGACGAGAUCAGUACAAAAACCAAAGAUGGUCAAACUUCGCCCAACAUUGGUAAAAAAAAAACUUGGCCCAACAAAAAUGCACAGGGGCGAAGAUAUAGAAGGGGAAAGAAGCCAGUGAAGGUGCGCUGCAAAGAUCAUGGCAAGAAAAAGCCCUGCAAGGCCCGCAUUUGGAUUUUCUUGUGGGUGA